AUGUCUUCUGAAAAUGGUGGUGUUGUUGAUCAUCAUGAUGAAGAAAUGAAAAGGGUAAUUAAGAGUGAUUCUGAUAAUUCUUUGUCUUCUUCCGUUGGUAAGUUAAGUAAUGGAGUUGGUGGAGAUGAUGAAGCUGGGGAGGAAGCAGUAAGCAAGGCUGAAGUUGAUGAAGGAUCCCUCUAUUCUUUGACAACUUUGGAAGCUGCCCUUCCUUUUAAGCGAGGAUUAUCGGGUUUUUAUGCUGGAAAAUCAAAGUCAUUCGUGAAUUUGCUUGAAGUGAAAUGUUUGGCAGAGAUGGAAAAGGAUGAAAGCCCAUUGAACAAGAGGAGGCGAUUAACUACAACUCAGAAUGCGAUGUAUAAACGGGGUAGCAGCUCAAGCUCUAUGCCAGUCUUGACACGCAGUGAAGGCAGUGCUGGGGUUGAACAAGAGUUCAAAUCAUCCACCGGCAACACAAGCUUUAGCUCCGCCAACUCUGCCACCAAGCCAUCCAUCAAAUGA